AUGUCAGAAUUUUAUGAUGACUACACGAGUAAUGCGAGGCAUCGUCACUAUCAAAAAACUGGAUAUCAUGGGAAAGGUGCAGCGAUUUACGGUUCAGGAAAAAUGGAUGGUGAAAAAAUGACAUUCAAUAAGCACGAUGCAAAUGAGAGAUAUCGAGCUUUGCUAAUUUUGAAAGAUCUUAUAGGAGCAAGUCGUGAUUUAGCACUAAGAGAUAAAUCAUGUUAUUCCGAUGAUGAGUUUCUCUAUCGAUUCUUAUUCGCUAGAAAAUUCAAUGUCACAGAAGCAUUUCAAUUGCUCAUCAAUUAUCAACUUUAUAGACAGAAAAAUCAUGACAUCUUACAGCGUCUUUGUGUUCUCGACGAUACAAUACAAAUGGCAUUGCGUGACGGCUUUCCGGGAGUGUUAAAGAAUCGAGAUCGACGAGGACGAAAAGUAUUAGUAUUCUUUGCAUCCAAUUGGGACUAUACACAAUAUUCAUUACUUACGGUAUACCGAGCAAUGUUAUUGACACUUGAGAAGCUUAUAGAAAAUAAGCAGAACCAAGCAAAUGGAUUUGUUGUAAUUGUCGACUGGACAAACUUUACAUUGAAGCAGAGUGCACAUUUAAAUCCAAAAAUAUUAAAACUUAUGAUUGAGGGAUUACAGGACUCAUUUCCAGUACGCUUCAAAGGUGUUCAUUUCAUCGGACAGCCUUGGUUUGUGGAAGCAGCACUGUCAGUCAUAAAACCAUUUUUGAAUUCCAAAACUAGAGAACGUAUUAAAUUACACGGAUCAAAUCUGUCUACCCUUCACGAAGCUGUCGCUCGCGAUAUUUUGCCUCCAGAGUUAUGUGGCGAGGGGCCACAAUUUAAUCCACUUACCUGGUAUCACAUUUUACUCGAAUCGAGUCAAAUGAAUGCACCGCCACCUCACUAUUGCAUCACACAAACAAUUCCAUACUCAAAAUCACCUCCAAUUAUUAAUGCCAAUAUUACUAAAGGAAGCUGUAAUAAUAAUAACAAUAAUAAUACAAGUGACGAUGAAAUGCUAGUUAAAAGCUCUAAAGCACAGCAAUAUAAAGGAAUAGCCAAGUGUAAUAACCUGAUAAAUGAUUCAGCUAAUAAUACAUUACUUAAUUUUAGUGAGUAA